CUUCAUCUAUUCUUAAUUUCAGUUGGUAGCUCUAUUGCUUAGAUCUGGGUUUUCCGUUGUAACGCCUCUGGUAGCUUAUAUCUUGCUUCUGGCCAUGUGGGAGCCAAAAUUUGGUUUUAUAGCUAUACUUUGGUGCCCACUCGACAACUUUUUUGCAGCAUUAUUUCACUUUUUAAACUCUUUUCCCCCUUUGGAAAUCAAUGCUGGCUUAGUGGGCUUUUUCCUGUGCUCUAGUCCAAAAAAUUAAGAAAUAGCUAUGGGUUUAUGUUUUAGGAAAUUAAAUUAAAUUCUAAAAUAUUACAAACGAUUAAAUAAUUUGAUGGUCCUAUCCAUUCCUGGACGAAAGAUAAGAGUUAAUAGUUUCAAGUUUUAUGAGCUUGACUUGUCCAAUAUCUACCAUUAUAACCUUCAUUUACUUCCUGAGGUUCAAAAUUUGUAGGAUCAGCAUGGUCCCUGUCCAUUGGUGGACAGAAGAUAUGAGUUUGUUAGAAUUAGUAGGGCUUUGCCCUAGAGUACUUUUGGAAAGAAUAAAAUAUAAGAUUUUUGUUAGAAUUAGUAGGGCUUUGCCCUAGAGUACUUUUGGAAAGGAUAAAAUAUAAGAUUUUAUUUCCUAAAUAUUUCCUAGAUCUUUUCCUUUCUUAUUCUAUUGUACUCUAUUUAUUCUCCCUUUGUACCUAUUGUAUUUUAUUCAUAAGAAAAAUAAUAAAAACUAAAGUAUCGUGGUUUUUCUCUCGGUUCUCGGGUUUCCACGUAAGUCUCGGGUUGUUGUUAAUUGCUUUCAAUAAUUUUAUUUCCUAAAUAUUUCAUAGAUCUUUUCCUUUCUUAUUCCUAUUGUACUCUAUUUAUUCUUCCUUUGUACCUAUUGUAUUUUGUUCAUAAGAAAAAUAAUAAAAACUAAAGUAUCGUGGUUUUUCUCCCGGUUCUCGGGUUUCCACGUAAGUCUCGGGUUGUUGUUAAUUGCUUUCAAUAUGGUAUCAGAGCAAAGCAAUAACGAAACCCUAGAAAAUAACCUAGGAGAAACCCAGAUCGAAACUGAACCUGUCACUGCCGCCGCCGCCAUGGAGAAACUGCUCCAGAACCUACAGAAACCGCCGAUCUACCCAACGGGAGUGGUUCCGCAGCCGUACGCGCCGCCGUCUGACCAGAAGAUGAUUCACGUGCCGCUCGUGUCCGGCGCGUGGGCCCACGCGCCUCCGCCGUUUCACGUCACCGCCCAUCCGUUCCCUUCUACGUGCCGUCGGAUGUCCAACCGUCAAACCCUUCCGGCCAUCCGCAUCCUCACGCGCCGCCUAUGAGCUCCGAACAGCAAUCCUCAACCGUAAAUCUGUCAAAUCAGUACAGUAAGCAGCAGCUGUACGUUGACUCUUUACAGCAACCGCUGUUUUCGGGUAACGGAAUUGAUCAACCCCAAAACAGAUCAGACAUUGAAGCGGGCGAAUCUUCGACGCAUUCCAAACCAACCGAGUUGCCGAUGUAUUCCAAGAACCCGGUAACUUCGUUCCCUAAUUUACAGUCAAAUUAUAUAACUGGCUCUUUGGGGAAUUUUUCAGGUGAAAAAUUAAAUGGUCAAUUAUUUUUCUUGGUCCCAAUCAAUAAAGAUGUUCCUCGAAGGUCGACACCAGUUCGGCUUCUUAACUGGAGAGACUGUACGUCCUUCACCAGGAGACGCCUUGGAACGACUCUGGAAAGGAGAGGACUCACUUAUUCGGUCCAUGCUGAUUAAUAGUAUGGAACCACAGAUCGGCAAGCCUCUACUAUAUGCAGCCACAGCAAAAGAUUUGUGGGAUACAACUCAGACCCUUUACUCGAAACAACAGAAUGCCUCUCGGUUAUAUACACUGCGAAAACAGGUCCAUAAUUGCAAACAAGGGACCCUGGACGUAACUACCUAUUUUAACAAGCUCUCUCUCCUCUGGCAAGAGAUGGAUUUAUGCAGAGAGACAGUUUGGGACACACCAAAUGACAGUACACAAUAUGCUAAUCUUGAAGAGGCUGACCGUGUUUAUGACUUCCUUGCAGGACUUAAUCCCAAAUUUGAUAAUGUUUGUGGUCGUAUACUCGGACAAAGACCUCUUCCCUCCCUAAUGGAAGUUUGUUUUGAAGUCCGCCUGGAAGAGGAUCGCACUAAUGCCAUGGGUGUAUUGACUACCCCUACCAUUGACUUCGCUGCCUUUAGCGCUCGGUCCUCAAAUCAUGAUAGUGACAAGAAUAAUGGGAAGUCAAUUCCUGUUUGUGAGCAGUGCAAGAAACAAUGGCACACCAAGGAUCAGCGUUGGAAACUCCACGGUCGUCUCCCAGGAGGUAAGAAACAGUCCUCCAAUGAGAAACAGAACUCAGGACGUGCCUACAUUAGUGAGACUACACCUGCUAGCACUUCUCAAUCAACUGAUCCUACUGCGAGCCAGACCAAGACUCCGACUCUUGGUGCCAUUCCUCAGUCAGGUAUGCCUCAGUCCCUUGGGCUUAUUAGCGUUAAUAGAAAGAAUCCCUGGAUCUUAGACUCGGGGGCUACAUAUCACUUGACAGGUUGUUCGGAACACUUUAUCUCAUAUGCCCCGUGUGCCGGUAAUGAAAAAAUCCGAAUAGCCGAUGGCUCUCUAGCUCCGAUCGCUGGCAAAGGACAAAUAGUUCCCUUUGACGGUUUUGCUCUCCAGAAUGUUUUACAUGUCCCUAAACUGUCUUACAAUUUGUUAUCUAUAAGCAAGAUCACUCGUGAGUUGCAUUGUAAAGCUAUCUUCUUACUUAAAUCGGUUUAUUUUCAGGACAUGAGCUCGAGGAGGACGAUUGGCACUGCCCGGCAUAGCAGAGGACUUUACAUCCUUGAUGAUGAUACCUCAUGUAGUAGUUUGUCUAGGAUUCGGAAAAUGAUAGGAACGGCUGUGGCAGUGAAGCGGAAACUUCUCCCAAGAGAUGUUAUAGCAUUGUCACUGACCAAGUUCUCUAGAAUAGUUCUACCCAUUGCUCCAGCUGAGGUCUUAGUCCUAAGAGGUAACAGUUUUUCCACCAGAAAACGGCCAGGAGUUCCAACAAGGCCAGACUUGGUCACACUGAAUGAAUCGGAUGACAUAAUCAAGUCAGUGAAUGAAUUCUACAGAUCAGCGAUAUUGCCCGAGGUAACUGAGUUCCUGGACACAGAAAGCCCCCCAUGGAAAGAAUGGGUGGAGAAAUUGGACAAGUACACAAGCAUUCCGAAUGAAGAAUUGGAUGAAGUUAGGAGUGCUUGGAAAGCAUGGAAGUACAGGGUACAUUGAUCUGAUUAUGAAGAAUCAAGAUAGCCUUCGAAUUGUGUUGAUGUGUUUUUUUGUCUGCCCCUCUGUUGUUGGAAGUAGUCAAAAACUUGAAUGUUGAAGAGGAUGGGAAGCAGUUUAGUUUGAGUUAGGGGAGUUAUUAAUUGCAUAAGUUAUGGGAAUUGGGCAUUGAAUGGACAUGGUCUGUGGCCACCCACCAGGCGGGGGCAUUUUAAUAGCGCAGCAUCAACCGCAGACAAUCAACUCGGGACGGCACAACCACAAGGGAGUGAGCUCGCAUUCAAUGUAAAUGGCUUAAAGGCGAAGUAUGUAGGUGAGAGCCUUUGACACAGGACUGUACUGAUGUUGAUUCAACUUCAUUUCUGACGGCAAUUUGGAUCUAAACUUUGACUAAUACCCAUUGUGAACAUUUCAUGUUGCUUUCCCUCUUUUAAUUUACAAUGAUAUACUGUUUAUUGUUUUCUUUGA